AUGAGCAGUCGCACUAUCGUUCCGAGCCUGUUUGCUUCGCGCGAGAGCUACCGUCGUGAUGCUGAGGCAAUUGAGUUACCUGCUUCUGCAGGCAAGCCUAUGUCGAUCAGUUACAGCGAGCUCGCUGACUUGGUUCAUCAAGUUAGGGCACAGCUAGCAUCGUGGCAGUUGCCCAAAGGCACGGUGGUGUGCAGCAGCCUGGUCAACAGCCUCGAGUUCGUGGUUGUGUUUCUAGCUACGGCGGAUCUGGGUCUCGUGGCUGCCCCACUCAACCCCAACUACAAAGAGAGCGAAGUGACCUUCUACCUGGAAGAUACCAAAACCCCUGCGCUGAUUGUGCCAGCUGGCACGUUGAGCGGAACUGACGCCUCGGAAGGUGCUCUUGCUGCCAAACGCGCUGCUGAUGCGCUCAGCGUUCGUGUUGUGGAGAUUGUGUAUGGUGCCAAGACUCUUCAGCUUGUUGAUGCGAACGGCGCUUCGACACCGAGCGCCGAUGCGACCGAGGCAUCAGAGGACGAUACCGCUUUGAUCCUGCACACCUCUGGUACGACGGGUCGACCGAAGGCCGUACCGCUCACGCAUAAAAAUUUGCUAACGUCUAUGCACAAUAUCAAGCUGACGUACAGCUUGUCCCCCUCGGACAAGACGUUCCUUGUCAUGCCGCUCUUUCAUGUACAUGGUCUCGUGUGUGGUCUUUUGGCAUCUUUAUUCUCAGGCGGCAGUGUUGCCAUCCCACCACGCUUUAGUGCUUCUUCAUUCUGGACGGAAUUUGUGCAGACGCGCUCGAACUGGUACACGGCCGUGCCGACCAUCCACCAGAUUCUGUUGUCUGCAGAUAAACCAGACCCUAUGCCCAGGCUGCGCUUCGUUCGAUCGUGUUCUUCGGCAUUGUCACCUAGCACGCUAGCCGCGUUGGAAAAACUCGUGGAUGCGCCGGUCCUCGAAGCUUAUGCCAUGACAGAAGCCGCACACCAAAUGACAUCGAAUCCUCUGCCUCCUAAAGAACACAAAGCUGGUACAGUGGGUAUAGGCCACGGUGUCGAAGUCAAGAUCCUCGACACGUCUGGUCGUGAGCUGCCAGUCGGCAAAGACGGCGAGGUGUGUGUGCGCGGAGCGAAUGUGACUCAAGGUUACAUUGGCAAUGAAAAGGCGAAUCGGGACAACUUUUUCCGUCUAGCAUUCAAGAACUGCCCGCCAGAGGUGGACGGUUUCCUCCGCACUGGUGACCAAGGUCACAAGAACGACGACGGAUACCUCGUCCUCACCGGCCGCAUCAAAGAGCUCAUUAACCGCUCAGGCGAGAAAAUCAGCCCCCUUGAGCUUGACAACGCACUUCUCGCGCUUCCUUAUGUUAAAGAAGCCGUGUCAUUCGGUGUGCCUGAUGAGAUGUACGGUGAACUAGUGGGUGCCGUUGUUGUGCUGCAAGGUGAUGCGCCGGCGGAUGUAAGUCAGGAGAGGAUUCAAGCCGACCUGAGCAAGUCUCUCGCAAAAUUCAAGAUUCCUGUGCGUGUCUGGAUCACAGACAACAUUCCAAAGACCGCUACGGGCAAAAUUCAACGCAGAAUAGUCGCCCAGCAUUUUCUGUCGACCGUAUAG